CUUUUUCAUCUAGCCUCCGCCAUCACACGACGAAGACGAACACCCGUGCACACAAACGGGACGACUGACGACACGAACACGACGCCAAAAGGGAGCGGCUGACUCGCAGCAAGAUAACGCUUGCAUCCAGGCAGAAGCCAGCCAUUAGUGAAAUAGCGGCCAUCGUUUCCCGUUGUCCGUCUCAGGGUUUUUCUCCACUGGCAACGGCACCAUCCUGGAGCGUCACCUGCGCGGGCUUUUCGUCUUUCACAUACUCGGAGACGAGGGCACCGCGGUUGUGAACCAACUCUCUAUCCGGCUGCGACUCCUGCUUUCAUCUUGCAGUCCAGCAAGCCAGCUAGUGUCGUCGCUUUCAUUUAGAUCUUGAAAACCGGACCCGCACGACAUCUCGACGAGCAUUUCAUCUUCUCCCAUCAUGGCGGAUUCUACUGAGUCGAGAAUAGCAGAAAUCCAUGCGCGGAUUCAGACGCAGCGCAAGAUGAUGGAGGGCUACCAGUCGUUGAGGGGAGCGACGCCCAACCCGGACGUGAUUCGGCAGGCCGAGGCGCAGAUUCGUGAUGCGCAGCGCAACAUCUCCUAUCUAGAGGAGACGCUUGUCACGCUACAGCAUGGCCGCCGUGGCGGUGGUGGGACCCCUGGCUCUCGCAGCUUCGACAGUGCGGCGGGCCCUAGGACGCCGGGUAGCGGCGUGGCACCUGGUGGCAUGGGACCUGGCAGCUUCGGCUCGAGCAACGCCAGCAACUCUUCCCUCUCGAGCUCGGGCAGGCCUUACCCCGGCGAUAGCAGCUCCUCCUACCUCAGCUCUCAGACUUCGAGCAAUGUGCACCACGGCAAUCUGGGCGGUGCAGCGAGGAGAUUCGAUGACCGACCCCUGCCAUCGGCUCCCAGCUCAGAUGGUGCUGGCUUUGGAGGAUCGUACGACUACCGAGGCCAACCGCGCCCCGAUGUUACGGGCUUUCAAUCGAGACCGCCUCAGCCAGCUGGACCUGGCUCAAUGGCCCACGUCAAUCGAGCCGGCACCAGCGCGCGGAAGAACUUUACCAAUCUUGAUCUGAUCAAGUAUGAUACACCGCAUACGACGGCCAAAAUCUCGCGCAUGUUGCAUCAGCUCGAAUUCAAGCUGCAGAUCGAGCAGCAGUACAAGAUGGGCAUCGACAAGAUGGCCAAGCUGUACCAAGCCGAAGGCGACCGCAAGUCUAAGAAUGAUGCCGAAUCAAAGAGGGUCGAAAGUGCGAGCAAGAUCAGACUGCUGCAGCAGAGCUUGAAGCGGUACAAGCAGCUCCACGUCAUGGACGAGAGCGCGGCUGAGGAGGAGAUGCCCGAAUCGCUCGAGGACCAGCGGAGGAAUGCCCGUAAGCCACUGUCAGGCACGCUUCAGAUCUCAGUCAGGAGCGCCAAGGAUAUCGACCACGCACCGGCCAGGAGCACCCGAAAUGUGCGAGAAUCGACGGUCGUCAUCAAGGUGGAAGACACGCCCCGAGCGCGCACGCACCCUAGCAGAAACGAUCGGUGGCAGGAGGACUUCGAGGUGGCUGUAGACAACGCCAACGAAAUCGAGGUGACUGUCUACGAUCGAGUGGGAACGGCUCAUCCAGAGCCCGUGGGAAUGCUCUGGAUUCGCAUCAGCGACAUUGUCGAGGAAUUGCGAAAAAAGAAGUUUGGUCAAGUCAGUGGCCCCGACGGCAGCCCAGCCGCACCUGGUGGGUGGGUGACUGCCGAGGACGUCCAGCAGCAUGGUGGGCCGCCUGGCACCAUGACGCCAGGCGGAGGGCCCAUGAUGGAUGCCACCUUCAACACGACACCUGCUGGCCAGCCUGUCCCCCUCGGUCCGACAUCGGACGGCGUGGAGUCGUGGUUCGCCGUUGAGCCCGCUGGCGCUAUCUUCUUGCGUGUCAAUUUCGUCAAGCAAAACGUCCGCAAGAGGCCCUACGAUGCACGAUUGGGCCGACAGGGCGCUUUCCGAAAGAAGAAGGAAGACGUUGCCGAAAUCAACGGCCACAAAUUCAUUUCGAGACAAUUUUACCAGAUCAUCCGCUGCGCCCUGUGCGGCGAACUGCUCCUGAACGCGGCUGGAAGCCAGUGCGAGGACUGUCGCUACACCUGUCACAAAAAGUGCGCGCAAAAGGUCGUGACAAAGUGUAUCAGCAAGAGCAACGCAGAGGCGGAUCGCGAUGAAGUCAAGAUCAACCACCGGAUCCCUCAUCGCUUCGUUCCGAUCACCAACAUUGGACCGAAUUGGUGCUGCCACUGCGGCUAUAUCCUGCCAUUCGGUCGUAAGAAUGCGCGCAAAUGCUCUGAGUGCGAUCUAACGUGCCAUGCCGACUGCGCUCAUUUGGUUCCCGACCUCUGUGGUAUGUCGAUGGAAAUGGCGAAUCAGCUUUUGAGCGACAUGGAAGCAAUCAACCGCGUCAGAACCUCGGCUCGUACACAAGCAGGAGCCGGUGCGCUGCCCGCAAAUGGCUUCCCUCCCGCUGGCCGGCCAAGUGGGGGCUUGAGCGGGAUCGAGCAGCAGACAUCUCAACUUUCGCUUCGACCUCAAGAGCAGCUUGGUGGACCGGCUUCUGCCUAUGGUCAACCUGCGCCCGGCCGCAUGUCACCUUCGCCGUACGGUAGAGUGCCGCCGCCAAAGGUGCCAGAGCAGCAACAGCAACAGCAGCAGCAACAACAACAAAGGCCGUACGAGUACAAUGAUCCAAAUAUGGCCUCGAAACCACCUCGACCGCUCCCGCAGCAGCCGCCGUCAAUGUCCCAAAGUCGGCCCCAGAUGACGUCAAGCCCGUCAUCGCAAAGCAUCGGUGGAACACCUCUUCCCGGCUCUUCGUGGCGGCAGCAGGCAGUUCCGCCAUCGGGAUCGCAGCAGUCGUUGCCCGUUCAGCAGGUCGUUCCCGCUGCUGUGGCUCCCCCACAGACGCAGCAGCCCAUCCAAGCGCCCAUCCCUCAGCAGGCAAUCCAGCAACAGCCGCCAGCGUCACAGCAACAGCAACAGGUGGUUCCGCGCAACCCACCCUCGUCGAAGCGAAAGAUUGGUCUUAACGACUUCAACUUCUUGGCUGUGCUCGGAAAGGGAAAUUUCGGAAAGGUCAUGCUUGCCGAGGAAAAGAAGUCGGGCUACCUCUAUGCGAUCAAGGUGCUCAAGAAAGAAUUCAUCAUCGAGAACGAUGAGGUGGAAAGCACCAAGUCGGAGAAGAGGGUCUUCUUGGCCGCAGCGCGAGAGAGGCAUCCCUUCCUCCUAGGCCUUCACUCGUGCUUCCAGACAGAGACGAGAGUCUACUUUGUCAUGGAAUACGUCAGCGGAGGCGAUCUCAUGCUGCACAUCCAACGAGAGCAGUUCACGCCAAGAAGGGCAAAGUUCUACGCAGCGGAGGUUCUACUGGCGCUCGAGUACUUCCAUAAGCAGGGCAUCAUCUACCGAGACUUGAAGCUCGACAACAUCCUUCUCACUCUCGAUGGACACGUCAAAGUAGCCGAUUACGGUCUAUGCAAGGAGGACAUGUGGUUCGGUAACACGACGAGCACCUUCUGCGGUACGCCCGAGUUCAUGGCCCCGGAAAUUCUCCUCGAGCAGCGCUACGGUCGAGCCGUUGACUGGUGGGCGUUUGGCAUUCUCAUCUACGAAAUGCUCCUUGGCCAGGCUCCUUUUCGUGGCGACGACGAAGACGAGAUCUUUGACGCUAUUCUCGAGGACGAGCCUCUGUAUCCAAUUCACAUGCCGCCCGACUCGGUCUCGAUCCUGCACAAGCUCCUCACGAGGGACCCUGCAAGGCGGUUGGGCUCCGGCCAGACGGACGCCGAAGAGAUCAAGGCGCAUCCCUUCUUCCGAGAUGUCAACUGGGACGACAUGUUCCACAAGCGUGUCCCGCCGCCCUUCCUUCCCACGCUCAAGAACCCAAGCGACACGAGCUGGUUCGACACCGAGUUCACUAGUGAAAAGCCAACUCUGACGCCUGUCCACAGUGUCCUGUCAGCACAGGACCAGGCCGAAUUCAAGAGCUUCUCUUGGACGGCACCUCACGUCAUUUAAAAAGGAGGAGGAUGCUUGAUGGCAUCCUGCUUCCUCUCCCAACAAGCCACUGUCUGACGUAGUCGGCCACAGUCGAUUGGACCUUUCUCUUGUCUACCUAAGUGUUUCUCUUCUCACCUAGCUGCUUCUUCUCUUCUCUCUUCUCUCCCCUCCGUUUCACCUGUGAUGUCGAUCUCCUUUCUCCUAUUGCAAUUACACCUCAAAGUUGAGGCUGCUGAACAU